AUGACUGAUUCACUGCAGAGGAGCAUGGCGUGUUUAGAGGAUACCAUAACAAUAUUAGAAAAUUCAGUCUCAAAACUGGCAAGCAAUUCUAAGCCAAAUGAUUAUCUUACACAAACGAUGUUAAGUUCCAGAAGAGUGUUUGAAUUGGUUCCUGAAUAUGAUGUGCAAGAAGCCAAAUUAGAUCUUAUAGAGGAAGUGGAACCUCUAGUGAAAACUUUGGAGGACAAAUUAGAGAAGUCUGUGGUGAAAAUGAAAAGAGAGCUAGACACGCUACGGCAGACAUAUGAAUUGAAUAGAUUACGACUGGACAAGACAUUAAAUUCAAAAACAGAUAUUGACGUAAGUACCGAUGUUGUUAUCAUGGCAUCUUCUACAAAUGAAGAAUUAGAAGAGUUGAAAAUGCUAAAAGCCAAGAAGGAGAAUUUACAGCGGAAGUUGCAAUUGCUGCGGGAAAAACACCCUAAAUAG